AUUAACCAACGAAACCAGAAACAAAAAACGAGUCUAGGCUUUGUUUAUCUUCGCUUUCAAACCCCAUCCAAAACCCCCAAAUUGAAUCAAACUCGGAGCUCGGCCAAUUCUAGGGUUUGAACUUCGAAAUUGGCGAUUGUUAAUUAGAUAAUUUGCUAAAUGGUGUUCGACGAGUACGAGUAUUUGGAGAAGACUGUGGAGGAGCAGCAGCCGCCGAAGGAGGACGACUACUCAGAGAAGAAAAAGGCGAAGCGAGAAGGAGCGGAGAAGAGUGAACGGAGUUAUCGGAAGAGAGAGGAUAGUGAAGAGGAGGAGGAGUGGCUGAAGACUAGUAAGAGAUCGCGGCACGAGGAUGAUAAUGGCGGGAGGAGAGAGAGGGAUAGGGAGAGGGAGAACGAGAGAGAUAGAGAACGGGAUAAGCAUCAGAGUCGGAGAGAUCGGGAGAAGGAGAGGGAUAGUGAGAGAGAUCGCGAGAGGAGUCGAGAGAAGGAGAAAGAUAAGGAGAGGAGAGAGAAAGAUCGGGACAGAGAGAAGGAUCGGGAGAAAGAGAAGGAGAGGGAGAGAAGAGAGAGGAGGGAGAGAGAGAAGGAAAAGGAGAGGGAGAGGAGUAGCAGUAGGUCGAGGAGAAGUAGUAGUCGGUCAAGGAGAGAUAGUGAACGCGAGAAGGAGAGGGAGAGAGAGAGGGAGAUUAGGGAGAGAGAGCGUGAUCUUGAAAUGCGAGAGAGCAGGAGAUAUAAAGAAAAGAAAGAAGUCGUGGAGCCGGAAGCUGAUCCAGAGAGGGAUCAGAGAACCGUUUUUGCUUAUCAGAUGCCUCUAAAAGCGACUGAAAGAGAUGUUUAUGAGUUCUUCUCAAAAGCGGGCAAGGUGAGGGAUGUUCGACUGAUUAUGGAUCGUAAUUCAAGGAGGUCAAAAGGAGUUGGGUAUAUUGAAUUUUACGAUGUGAUGUCUGUGCCAAUGGCAAUAGCCUUGUCUGGCCAAUUACUUCUUGGACAACCUGUAAUGGUUAAGCCUUCUGAAGCUGAAAAGAAUCUUGUUCCAUCUAAUGCUUCUGCUGGUGGUGCCCCCUCUGGACUGUAUGGAGCUAUCGAUAGAAAGCUUUAUGUGGGAAAUUUACACUUUAACAUGACCGAGAUUCAGCUUAGACAGCUUUUUGAACCGUUUGGCCCUGUGGAGCUUGUGCAACUUCCCCUUGACAUUGAAACAGGGCAAUGCAAAGGUUUCGGGUUUGUUCAGUUUGCUCAGCUUGAGCAUGCAAAGGCAGCUCAAAGUGCUCUGAAUGGAAAAUUGGAGAUUGCUGGUCGGACUAUUAAGGUCUCGUCUGUUACAGAUCAUGUUGGAGUCCAGGAUACUGCUGCAAAAUCUGCGGACUUUGAUGAUGAUGACGGUGGUGGACUGGCUUUAAAUGCUCAGUCAAGAGCAUUGCUUAUGCAGAAGCUGGAUCGUACUGGCAUAGCCACAAGUAUUGCGGGCUCACUUGGAGGGCCAAUGGUUAAUGGGACAGUUGCAAAUCAACAGGCUGUUAGCUUCCCUGUCAUUGGGCCAUCUGCAGUCCCUAUUCCUGCUGUUACAGCUCCAGUUAUUCCUGCUCCAGUCUCUGAAUUUAUUGGAUAUCCAAGCGAGUGUUUACUGUUAAAGAAUAUGUUUGAUCCUGCAGCAGAGACCGACCUGGAUUUUGAUUUGGAAAUAAAAGAAGAUGUGGAAGAAGAAUGUUCCAAAUAUGGCCGGGUGAUGCAUAUACAUGUGGACAAGAACAGCGCUGGUUUUGUAUAUCUACAGUUUGAAUCUGUGGAAGCUGCAGCAGCUGCUCAACGGGCAAUGCAUAUGAGAUGGUUUGCACGCAGAUUGAUAUCUGCCUUAUUCAUGAAACCAGAGGAUUAUGAAGGCAAGUUCAAAGGCUGAACCAUGAACAGGUGUUUAUUAUCGGUUAGAUAAUUUUUAGUGCGGAUAGUUUUCAUGUGCAUUGUCAACUUGUGUAUUAAUUUUAGGCCAGAAAUUAGUACCUUAUAAAUAAUACAUAAUGCAUUUCAUCUGCAGUUACAGUAAUUUUGUCAACCGCUGGCAGGCUGUUUGUAAUAUCUGCAUUUUCUCUGUAAUUCUUGACUCGUGUGGGAGUUUUCUGGCUGAAUGAUUAGCCGUUUUAUACC